UAAUGCAAAAAAUUGGAUAAAACUUUGAAUUAAAAAAAAAGUUAGGUUCUGGUGCUUUUGGAGAUAUAUAUUUGGGAGUGAAUACAAAAAAUAACAUUGAAGUAGCUAUAAAAUUAGAACCUAUCUCUUCUUAAUGUCCUUAAUUGAGAUAUGAACAUGAGAUUUAUAAAAGAUUAUUAGCUGAUAAUUAAAGUAUCGAUAGAGGAAUACCACAUGUCUAUUACACAUCAGAAGAAGGUGGUUAUACAUUUAUGGUUAUGGAUCUAUUAGGGGCAUCUUUAGAAGAAAUAUUUGUGUCAAAGAAAAAAAAGUUUUCUUUAAAAACAGUUGUUAUGAUUGGAUUAUAAUUUUUAGAGAGAAUUGAAUUCAUUCAUUCUAAAGGUAUCAUACAUAGAGAUAUUAAACCUGAUAACUUUUUAAUUGGGAAAGUCAAUAAAUAAAAUAAAAUAUACAUUUUAGAUUUUGGAUUAGCAAAACGAUUCAUAAAAGAGAAUGGACAUAUACCUUAUAGAGAAUCCAAGACAUUGACUGGAACAGCUAGAUAUUGUAGUUUAAAUACUCAUUUAGGUGUAGGUAAUAAGUAUUAGAUAAUAUUUGUUAGAAUAAAGUAGAAGAGAUGAUAUUGAAUGUAUGGCAUAUGUAUUAUUUUAUUUUCUCAAAUCAACUUUACCAUGGUAAAAUAUGAGAGCAAAAAAUAAAAGAGAAAAGUAUUAUAUAAUAUAUUCAUAAUUAUAAGAUAUGAAAGAAUAAUGGAAAAAAAGAUGACCACUACUUAUGAUGAAUUAUGUAAAGGAGUUCCAAAAGAAUUUGGUUUAAUAUUAAAACAUGCAAGAAAUUUAGAAUUUGAAGAAGAACCUAAUUAUAAAUAUUUGAAAGGAUUACUUGAAAAUAUUUGUUAAUAGGAAAGAAUAACUGUUGAUAAUUAGUUUGAUUGGUGUAAAUGA